GGAAUUUGGUAAACGGUGAAGUAUGCACGUCUUUUGUAAAGAGUAACAACCCUUGCUGGUCCCCACUUAUUGCCUACCACAAACUUCUUUUUAAUUACAUGCUUGAGAGUAAGAGGGGUGGGGAAACAGUAAAAUAUAGUAAUAAUCUGUGUACGUUUAGACGUUUAUCACUACCAACCUUGGCUGCUGCUGAAACGGAAUUAACAGCGCGAGUUAACCGUCUACACGUAGUAAACUUAGGAAAUGUCAAGAGAUUAAUCUUUUUCACUUACACGUUUACUAUUGCGGUUUUUCUACGGUGUAAACAAUCUCUCAUUCAGUUUGUGGGUUUCUCAGAGUCGGAGUAGUACAUACCAUCUGAUCUUCCAUCAUCAAGCGAAUACUUACUUUCAUCAAAAUGACAAAUUCUACGGAUUGUGACACUAUGAAUCUAGUCAACUACAAACCAAUCGAAUUGCCUGAACAUAUGAUUGCUCAAUUGCUUAAAGAUCGAUAUGGAAUGGAACUGAUCGAUUUUUCCGAACUCAUCAGCUUCGAUGAUCGCAAUUACUUGGUCCAUGUCACCAGUAAACAUGAUAACCCUUACGUUAAAAAAAUCGACUCAAAUGGAUACCUGUUGAAAAUCUUCAAUGCGGAAUUUUCGAAGAAUGAAAAUUUUUUCGACGGCUUCUAUUCUUUAAGUGACCACAUUCGCAAAAGUGGAGUAUCAACACCAGAACGAAUAACCAACAUAAAUGGCAACUUAAUGUCCCUGGAGGAAAUACCGACAGAUACGAACAACAUUGCUACCAGUAGAACCUUGCAACACAUGGUUAUACUUCAGACAUUUCUUCCCGGAGUAGUCAUUAGCAAAGUUCCAAUGGUGCCAAGUCUCCUUUAUCAAUUUGGGAAGCUAAUUGGCUCCAUACACAAUUCAUUAAAGGAUUUUCAUCAUUCAUAUUUCGACCAAACAUCAACCAGCAGCUGGAGUCUAACCGCUGUUCCAAGACUUAAGGAAUAUGCUGCCGCUAUUGAAGACGAUAGAGAUCGAAAGCUAAUAACGGAUAUUGUUGAUGCAUUCAUUGAAGAAAUCAUUCCUGUCAUGCCAAAAUUUCAACCAGGUCAAAUCCACGGUGACCUCAGUGAUUUGAACGUUUUAGUCGAGGAACGCCAUUCAUCUAUUAAACAAGAAUCCAGUAAUGAAAGCAUAACAUCGCAAAAGAAUAAACCUGAUUUUGUUAUAUCAGGAAUGAUCGAUUUUGCCGAUGCUAGUUUUUCAUAUUUCAUAUAUGACAUUGCCAUAGCUUUAGCUUACAUGAUGACUAGCAACAAACAGGUCGAUGCAAUCAAUGUCAGUGGCCAUACAUUAGCUGGCUAUUUGUCGGAAUUUCAUAUGAACUCAGCUGAACGUAAUGCUUUGCUUUUGUUAAUCUGUUGUCGAAUUUCCCAAACUUUGGCUAUUGGUUGGUACACGUAUGUAAGAAAUCCUUCUAAUGAUUAUCCAUUGGUAACAGCUGCCACUGGCUGGCCUCUCCUUCACAGUAUUUGGAAGAAACCAAGAGACGAAAUUGAAAAGGAAUGGGAUUUCAUCAUUAAAUCUUACGAAGAACACUGAGAUGGCAGAAUACAAUAUACGACAAACUGCUUAACACUGUUUCACCGAGUCCUUAUAACUUUUUAAUUCAAAUUCCACCAAGGUCCACUUUGCCUUUCAUCUUUCCGAAAUCUAUAAAAUGCGCACCAUUCAUAUUAUUCUUUUUUCUGGUUUCAACCAUUGGACUGCGGCUAUACUGUGGUACUGCUUUCGACGGUUUUAGUUGAUCGUGUCGACCCCUGUACUUGUUUGAGAAUAGUAAUAAUGUUUUAUCGCUCUCUCCUUAUCGAAUAGCUAAGUUUUGAAUAGAAACGUCCUUUCAUAUCAAAAAUUCGUUUAAUAGAGAUCGAUAAACACACACACACACACACACACACACACAUGCCGAAUUUCUCAAUUCUCCUCUAUGUUGUUUUUUUAUUUUUUAUUCAUAAAGGAACAUUAUAUUUUCCGUUAAAAUAAAAGUCAGUUAUCUAAAAAUAAAAA